AUGGAAGACUCGUCUGCAGCGUCACCGCUACCCCUCGUCAGCCUCGUGGUGCGCAACGUGUACACGCCGUCGCAGGCGCUGGCGCUGACUGUGGGCGUGCAGACACUCGUGGGCGAGCUUAAGCGCCGCCUCAGCGUCGAGUUUCCGUCCAGGCCGUCCGUUGCGAGUCAGAAACUCAUUUUUGGAGGCAAAGUCUGCAGCGACGACGAGGCACUGGCGCACGUCCUGGUUCAGAUGCAGAGUUGCCAGCAGAAGGAGCCGGACGAUCACGAGCAGGUGGAGCCGGUGGUUUUCCAUUUGUUGGUUCACGCGACGGGAAACGGCGAGAGGAACAAGCACGAUGUGCAAGUGAAGGCGCCGGUGCCGGUGCCCGAGGAGCGACACGAUGCGCAGGAUUCGCCUCGACCCCGUACGCGUCGAGAGCCAGUGCCCGAGCCACUGAGCUUUAGUGUGCCGCCUGAAGUUACACUGAACGAGGCACCAGCUGCGUCGCCUCUGCCGCUGCACGAGCAGCAGAAUGUGUUCCGACAGAGCAUGCUUAUGCAGCAGCAGAUGCUCGUGCUACAGCAGAUUCAGUACCUUCAGUGUCUGCAGCUACAGCAGCGGCACCAGCACGCGGUGAACAAUGCGGCAGAUGUGCAGCAGCCAUUUGGAGCGUUCUUUGUUCCGCCGUAUGGCAAUUACUAUGGCAUGAUGCGGCCGCCGAUGGUUCCAGCACCAGUAGCGCAGGGAUCUGCGACUGCUUCGGGUCCCGCGCAUACACAGACACCUGCUGCUCCUGCUGCUGAAGCUGUUGCGGCCCCGCAAGAGCGCCUGAUGCUUGUGGAGAUGGUGCGCGAAGCCUAUGCGCUGCUGGACUUUCGAAUGGCGCUCAAAAUGGCGUUCAUGCUGUUCAUCAUUGGACAGGACACGCCCGUUGGUCGCGUUCUCUUGCUAAUGCUGUUAGCAUUCGUCUCGUACUUGCACAUCACCGGUAUUCUUGCCAAAGUCUACGAGAUAUACAAUCGUCGACGCAGGAGAAACGGGGUCGCAGCACCGGACGAACAGGCCGUUCCCAACGCUCAAGGUGGGGUGGCGGCUGGUGCAGGUGCUGCUAUUGCGAAUCGAUAUGGAACACUGAUGCGUGUGCUGCGCAUUUCUGCAGAGCGUGGAUUUGUUCAUGACGUGAAGUAUUUUAUGGUGGGUUUGUUGCUGUCGCUGGUGCCAGCGUGGCACCCGCAGCCCAAUCAGGGGGCGGCCCCUGUGGCUAUGCCCGACGACGUACCUCUUCAGGAAAUGUAA